GGCAAGUAUGGGCUCGUACGAGGACGAAAAGGCCGGCAGCGACGCCUCUCAAGAUGUUGUCCCUGCGACCCGCCUGCAGCGGUAUUUUGCGUCCACCUCCGAAUUUCUUACUCACUGGGGGAUCGAGACGAACGGAAUAAACCCGAUCCUGCCGGAAGACAGGACGGACACGAAGCUCUACCAGAUGUUUUUCGUGUGGUUCUCUGCAAAUAUCAACAUCCUAACGUUUGGAACAGGCUCAGCGGGGCCUGCUUUCUUUGGCCUCGGCUUGAGGGACUCGUUUAUUAUCCUCGUUAUAGUGGACCUCAUCUCCUGCAUAGUUCCGGCUUAUUUCGCUGUCUUCGGGCCCAAGCUAGGCAUGCGCUCGAUGGUGCUUGCGCGCUACUCGUGGGGCUACUUCGGGUCUAUCCUGCCUAGCGCGUUCACGGUGUUCUCGAUGCAGGGAUUUAUGAUCCUGAACUGCAUUAUCGGUGGUCAGACUCUCGCGAGUGUGUCCUCUCACCUGGAUGAUACGCUUGGGAUAGUGAUCAUAGGCGUUCUGUCGCUCAUCGUCACAUUCUUUGGGUACCGCGUUAUCCACUGGUACGAGACGGUGGCGUGGAUACCGAGCGUUAUCACCUUCAUAGUGAUGCUCGGACUGGGCGGUAAGCACCUCACGGAGGCCCCGACGCCUCCGCCACCAUCGGCAGCUGCGGUCCUGUCAUUCGCCACCACCACGGCGUCCAGCGUGAUCAGCUGGUGCAUGAUGACGCCCGACUACGGCGUAUACCAUAGCGGCAAAGCAUCCAGCACGCGAAUAUUCCUGUACAGCUAUGCCGGAUUUUUUAUUGCGAGCCUGGCGGCACACAUGCUCGGCGCCGCGUUCGCUGCUGCCGCCCCGGGCGUGCCCUCCUGGGAAGCAGGUUUCGAGCAGGGCAACAACGUCGGCGGGCUCAUCCAGGCCGUCCUCUCCCCCUCCGGCGGGUUCGGCAAGUUCCUGACCGUGCUGCUCGCGCUGUCGAUCCCGAGCGCGUGUGCGCCUACGAUGUACACAUUCGCGUCCAGCUUCAUGACGAUCCACGCGUGGUUCGCGCGGGUGCCGCGAUACGUCUACACGUUCAUCUCCGAGGCUAUCUUGAUUCCUGUGGCGAUCGUUGGCGCGAAGCACUUCUACACUACGUUCGUGGACGUCCUCAGCGUCAUCGGAUACUGGAGCACCGUCUUCGCCGCGAUCGUCAUCGUCGAACACCUCAUCUUCCGCAAGAACGACUGGGAACGGUACGACCUCUCGCAGUACUGCCACCCCAAGCAGCUCCCCCUCGGCAUCGCCGCGACUCUCGCCUUCCUCUGCGCAUGCGGCAUCAUCAUCCCCAGCAUGUCGCAGGCGUGGUACGUGGGCCCUAUCGCGAACGCGGGGACGGGCGACAUCGGCAUCAUCGUCGGGUUCGUGCUCGCGUGCAUGGUGUACCCCGCAUUCAGGGUUGUAGAGCUCGCGGUUUCGAAGAGGUAAAGGAAGAUGU